AUGUCCAAUCACCGACCGAAUCCUCCUGCGGCCGUACCUUCGGAAGAACUUCGGUCCUCCGGGCAGCGGAUUGACUGCGCAGUCGCACACUGGUCUUCCUUUCUCUUGCAGUGGCCGUCGGUUGCCGGAGGCGGAAACUUUCGCCAGGGGGAGAUGGUCGAAAUCAAAGAAGAGACUGCCCUUCUCGAGGAGAAAGAACCAACCAAUGAGGAGCUCGACAAAACCACCUCCAACAGGAGAACCAGCAACGGCGGCAACAAGGGUAGCGGCUCCCCGACCAUUUUUGCCUUCUGGGCAUACCUCAUAGUCUUCGUCUCCCUCCUCGCCCUCGUCCUGGUCUCUGUCUCCUCCCUCCAGCAGCCACCCCUUGACGACAAGUCGUGGUUCCUCUCUCUCACCCCUUCCCUCCACUCCCAUUUUUCCAGAGGCAAAACCAUCAAGGUCUAUGUUGGUCCCGACAACGAGCAGGCCGUCGAGCUCUUCGUCGUCGAACAAGGUCCCAGGGAGGGAGAGACCGUGCUUCUGGUCCACGGUACUGGCUGUGAUUCCUUCUCGUUCCGGCAUGUCCUUGAGUCCCUCGCCUCUCGCGGCAUCCGAGCCGUCGCGAUCGAUCUCCCAGGUUCGGGCUUCUCUGGUAAAUCCUUCCGGGAAACCGUGGAAGAUCAAUGGCCGCGGAUGUUCGAUUCGUUUCGGGACGUUUAUGAUGAAAUCAAGGAGAAGGGUCUUUUCUGGGGGUUUGACCAACUCGUUGAAACUGGAGACCUUCCCUACCACGAGAAGAAAACGAGGGUUCGGUUUUCAGAGGAACUUAGGCCGAUUGGAUUGGAUUCCGUGAGAGUUGGGGCCGUUAUUGAACAGAUUAUCGAUUUAAUGGAUCUGUCCCCGGCUCAUCUAGUUCUUCACGAUUCGGCUGUGACGGCAAUCAGUGGACUGAUGCGGUCGGUAGCUUCUGGAUCGAUUCGUAGCGUAACCAUCGUUGAUGCCGUAACAGAUCCGAAGAAAUCGGCGUUUCCUUUCUGGGUUCUGGAUGUGGUUGGAGUGAGAGAGGUGCUUUUGGCUUCAAAGUGGAUUUACACUGCACUGCUCAGACAUUGUUGUUCUAAGUCAAUGUCAUGGUCUACGGGAAACGAUCAUCGACUUCUUCUUAAGGCUAGAGGUGGUGCAAAGGCAGUUGCCGAGAUGGGGAGGCGGAUUAAUUCGAGCUUCGAUCUGGCAGAAUGGGUCAAUUCACCCGUAAUGAGCGGGGUGCCGGCGAGAAUACUGUGGUCGAGCACGUGGUCGGAGGAUUGGACCAAAGAAGGUCGCAGAGUAGCUGCUGCAUUUCCUCAUGCCGGAUUCGUUGCCCAUUCUGGCGGAAGAUGGCCUCAGGAAGAUGGAGCAGAUUCAGUGGCAGAAGCAAUUGCUCAGUUUGUACUUUCAUUGCCAAAAUCUGUUAGAAGAAUAGAAGAGACUGAACUGGAUAGUAAUAGCAAAAUGAUGAAGAAAUCGAAUAUUCACUUCCAUCAUGGUCAUGAAAAUGACCACAAUCAUGACCAUUAUCAUCAUGGUCAUGAAAAUGACCAUGAUCAUGACCAUUAUCAUCAUGGUCAUGAAACCAGUUACCCGAAUGAUUACGGACUUGGGCAUGAACAUUGGAGUUGAAUAUGAUGGCAAAGGAGAAAAGUGGACCAAAUUAAGGAGAUGGGAGUUUAAAUGUGGAAUAGCAGUGUAUUUCUUGGCUUUUGCAACAUUUUCAGUUUUAGGUUCUGCUGUUGAACAGAGGAGUUCGUAUGUUUAGCUUUAACUUGGAACCUUGGAGGUGAUGACACAUUUGCAGAACUUCUGUUGCUUAGAGCACUUGUACGUGUUGCCAAAGUCUCUGGCUUUCUGGAUGGAGGUGGAAGUCAUAGCAGUAUGUUUCAAUGGCUUCUACAGGAAUCAUGCUUCUGACAAGUCACACAAUUUUCAUCCCUAAUAUUUGUUUUGCCUUUUGGAUAGUCCAUCCUUGAUAAUUCAAAAACUUUCUUUCAACACAUUUCUUUAGAUGAUUGCUCAUGUACCUACCUACAGAUGACUUGUUAUAGAUUGGUUGUGCUUUAAUAUGGCAGGUGAGAAAGCCCCAAUCAGAACUCUUAAAAGGGCUUUUGUUGUUGUCAUUUUUAAGAAAGAUGGACGUGAAUGAUUUCUUUUCUGAAA